AUGGGUUCGUCGAAUCUACUCUUAUUCUUCUCUUUGGUGAGUCUGUGUGCUAUGGCGGCUGCGAAGGUGGUGCUUAUUGGGAACAAUAUCACUCUCUCCUUCGAUGAUAUUGAAGCUAAUUUUGCUCCAACAGUCAAAGGUUCUGGAGAAUAUGGAGUCUUAUAUUUGGCAGACCCACUUGAUGCAUGUACAGAACUGACAAAUGAAGUUGAACAACUUCCCAAUGUGAGUUCACCUUUUGCUUUGGUGAUUCGAGGGGGAUGUAGCUUUGAGGAAAAAAUCAGAAGGGCGCAAAGGGCUGGCUUCAAAGCUGUAAUUGUGUAUGACGAUGAAGAAGGCGGUGUCCUGGUUGCGAUGGCAGGAAACUCUGCUGGUAUAAAAAUACACGCUGUAUUUGUAUCUAAAGCUUCUGGUGAAAUACUAAAGAACUAUGCUGGGUGGACUAAUGUGGAAAUAUGGCUCAUUCCAACUUUUGAAAAUUCAGCAUGGUCUAUCAUGGCAAUUUCAUUUAUUUCCCUACUUGCAAUGUCUGCGGUGCUGGCUACUUGUUUCUUUGUCCGCAGGCAUCGCAUAAGAAGAGAAAGGCCUCGGGCUUCUCUUGUUCGUGAAUUUCAUGGUAUGAGUAGUCGCCUAGUGAAGGCAAUGCCAAGUUUGAUAUUUACUGCUGUUUUGGAAGACAACUGUACAUCAAGAACAUGUGCUAUAUGCCUUGAAGACUAUUGUGUUGGCGAGAAACUCAGGAUUCUGCCCUGCUGUCACAAGUUUCAUGCUGCCUGUGUGGAUUCUUGGCUUACCUCAUGGAGAACCUUUUGUCCAGUUUGCAAGCGUGAUGCAAGAACUGGUUUAACUGAGCCACCACCUUCAGAAUCCACACCCUUGCUCUCAUCAAGCCCGGCAUCUGUGGCAUCCUCUGUUAUAUCUUCUGUGAGAUCAUCACUAGCUUCAUCUUCAGCAAUACAAAUUGCCGGGCCAGCUUCCCAGACCCCAUCUGUUUCUCGUAACUACUCCAUUGCCAGUACACCUUAUGUUCAACCAUCUCUUAGGUCCUCCUACCAUCAAUCUCCCUCCCUAAGCAUCAGCCGAAGCUCAGUAGAUCUUAGGAAUUCAUCCCAAAGAUCACUAGCUUCUCACUUGAAUUCCCCACAUUCCACAGGGUAUCCAUCUUUGUCAUCCCUUAACUCAAGGUACAUGUCUCCAUACAUUCCAAGUCCAAGCAAUGCUUCAGUGAGUUAUAUGGGUUCAUCCAGUCAGCAACAACAUCCUCUUCGUUAUAGUGAGUCAGCUGCAAGCUUCUCACCAUUUGCAUCGACACACUCCCUUCCGGAAUGUUAA